AUGCCGUUCUUGCAACCAAAACUUCACCCCCUGCCUACGGGCAUCGACCUUAAGGGCAGAGUCGCAGUCAUCACAGGUGCCAGUUCUGGAAUGGGCCUGGAAGCCGCCCGCCAACUUCUCGUCCUCAAUAUCUCCACGGUUAUUCUGGCUGUCAGAAAUCCCUCGAAGGCAGAGGGAUGCAGACGUCAAUUGCUUGCAGAUUCGUCUGUCAAGAAGACGAACCCCAAUGCUGAAGUAAAGAUCAUGAAGGUGGAUAUGGGGGAUUACACCAGCGUUAGCACAUUCGCGGAUAACCUGGUCGCCGACGUGCCCAUUAUCGAUUAUCUGCUUCUAAAUGCCGGAAUUGGUGUUAUUGAGUUUGUCAAAUCGCCCGGUGGACACGAAAGUACCGCCCAAGUCAACUACUUUUCAAACGUACUUCUUCUCGCGAAGAUACUACCACACCUCGAAGCUAGCUCCGACAAGACUGGCAGAGCCGCUCGCGUUGCUUGGGUUGGAAGCCGUCGCCACGAGACCCCAAGUUGGGCAUCGAAGAAGCCCGUCAAAGAAAAUGAGACAGUCAUCAGCUAUCUGGACAAUCCCGAGAAUUUUGGUUUGGCGACCAAGUAUGGCGAUAGUAAAACUCUGUGCGCAAUGUUCAUGUACGAGUUGGCCCCGCGCUUGAAUAAUGACAAGGUUUUCAUUGAUAUGAUGUGUCCUGGCAUGGUUACUACAUCCAUGGGCUCCGAUCUUCCUAUCUACAUCCGUGCCCCUGUUGCGGUUUUGCGAUGUAUUAGGGGUCGUACUGCAGAGGAGGGCACCUGGGUUGUUUUGAACGCAGCUUUAGUUGCUAAUGACGGCGCCCAUGGUCGUUUCCUAUUAGACAAGGACAUACAAGAUAAAUCUGCAUACAUUGCAUCGCCUGCUGGGCAGAAGUUCGAGAAGCAGCUGUGGGACGAGACUAUUGCGGAAAUUGGCAAGCUGGCUACUUUACCUCCCGCAUUCGCUUCAAAGAUUUAG